GGAAAAAAAAAUGAAAAAAACAUUUGUUUUUUGUAUGAAAUGAAACACUAGAUGUUUCACAUCGGAAAUUCUAUAAGACUGGGUGCUCUGUGUCUUGCUUGAAGGUGGAAUCCCCAUCAGAGGUAGGUUUGAUUUCCAUAUAAAUACAUUUGGAUAAGUCUUUUUUCCCCCUCCACUAUAUAAUUUGUGUAAAUUGAAAGUUAAUAAUGACAGAAAUCAAACUGGACUCUGCAUUGCCAACUCCUCUGAUGUUAUGUGAUUUCAUAAUGAAGAGAACAAGCUCGCGUAUGAACGAUUAUUACUUCUAAUGUGUUAGAGUUGGGAGAGACCCACAGACCUGAGAAGGGAAAUGCUUUGCUAAACACGAGGUAUUUUUCAUUAAGUGUAGCAGCUUCUCCCAAUGUCUUUUAAUACUGAAUCAUAGUGUAUAAAUGCAAGGCAAAGGAUGUGCGAAAAAUUGUUUUUAUUUUAUAAGAAAUUUGAAGGUACAUUUUUGGAUCCAUAGAACUUGCAUGCAUUUUAAAGUUUCAUGAAAUAUUAGAACCAUCAUGACUAACACUAAAAUAAUACUUUUUCUUAGCAAAGGGCUCAUCCUUUUCUCUCCUAAUUUUGCUGAGACUACUCACUAACUAAAAUUCUUUUCAGGUUUAGGAGCAAUACAAGAUGAUUUGUCUAAGGGAACAGACACCCAUAGUAAGAGAGAAAAAAAGGAUUAUACCUCAUCAUUGGUCUCCAGGAAGUAGAAAAAAGUUUUGAGUUUUGUGUGUGUGUGUGUGUGUUUUUAAAUAUAAGCAGGAAAUCUCAGUUUCUCUUUUUAGUGUGCUAUAUUGCUUGCCAGAUUUUAGAAACCACAAAGUAAGUUAGCAUUUGAAAGCUAUACUCAUAAAACUGUUUUUAAUAUCAGAGAUCUCUGAAUAAAAUUUUGAUUUUUUUUUUUUAACCCUUGAAUCAAGAUAGGAGAAUACAGAUCCAGGAAAAAAUUGGUGGCUUUGGCUUACUGGAAUAGAUCGAGUCACAGUAUUUAAGAUGCCUUUUAAUAAAACAUGUGGCUUCAAUUUUAAAAAAGAAACCACAAAAAUAAAAAUGAUUGACAAUUCGGACAGAAGAGAGAACACAUGUAUUAUGACAUACUAGAGUAUUGGAGGAAUAAGCUUGGAGUACCUCGAGUUAGAUCAAUACUAAACUAACUUGUUGGAAUAUCAAAUUCUACCCCCUUUCCCCACUUUUUUUUUCCUUCUUAAAGAGCAGCAACCAGACAUGACAUCAUUAUCAGUUGAACAUUCCUCAUUUAUAGGCAGCUUCAGGGCAAAGUAUAUUAAGUGGGGGGAAUAUAUUAAUUUUAAUUAUUUUAUGGAGCACAGAAUAUAGACUUGUUAUUAUAAGAGACACUGCUGUUCCCUUCAAGAUAGUUUUCAGAUAGGACAGAUUUCAGAUAUACCUAAUAAUCAGUUACUUAUCUAUUAUGUAUGGAAAAUCACAGAAAGUGCCAUCAGUUUCCUAAUCUCUUCAUGUAUACUGUUUCAAUAUAGAAAUGUAUUAUUGGUCAAAUGACAUAUUUAAUGAAUUCACCAAGACUCUGAAUCUAUGUUCAGAUACUUGCCAUGUAACUGGGUAAAAAAUUUAACCUUUUUGUGCCUCAGUUUCCUCAUCUAUAAAAUCAGGCUAAUAGCACCCAUCACCCCAAGUUGUUGUGAGGAUACAAUGAAAUAUUUGUCAAGCACUUUGUCAACCUUAAAGGGCUCUAAAAAUACCAUAGCUUUCCUUAGAUGUAACAUACUGUGGAUAAAAUGGGGGGAGCAUCGCUUCAUUUUCCAAAUGAAAUAAAUCAUUUGUUUUGGUUGUAAUAGAACUAGACCUGGAAAUAUCCUGUGUAUUACAAGUGUCAAGUAAACUCGAUCUGAAACUACUUCAGAAGAACCUAGGAAAAGUACAACAAACAAACAACUAACUCUGGGGCUAACAAGUAGCUUGUUUAUCCUGGGCACUGCUCGCUGAAAGGCCCGGUGUGCAGGCAGGAGGCUGUGGGGUUCCUCGGGCCUCAAGUCCAGGUAACCUACGGUAAGGGAGGUAGCAGAAGGGAGUUCCUAGGCUUUCCCAAAGCCCCCAGGGAAGAAACUUGAAAGCAGAAGGUGAAACUCCAGAAAUUCUAGUGUGAGUCAAGGGAAGGCACAGCGGCGCCCCCUGACCCCAAACACCAAGCCCGCUUCAUUCUCUAUCACUGGAAAUGACUGAUUCAUGUGUCAUCCUGUGCGGGACCGCAGCUUUCCCGGGACCCGGGUAUGAAUUAUUUACACCACAUCUCAAAACCCAGCUUUUCUCCCCGAUUCCCUUCUGUUAAUUACAAAACGAGAGGCCCACAAACAAAAACUUGUUGCUUUCUGACCUGGGAGCAACUCUAACUUAAUCCUGCAGAGAACUCAUAAAGGGGAAUUACAGUUCUGACAUCACAUUUAUUUUAAAAUCACAUGUUGUUAUGUAAUAAACACGGGAUUAUUUUAAUUGACACUAUAGGACCAGGCACAAUCCUCUUAGUUAACCCUAAUUUUUUUUUAAACGGGUUAGAAGCCGAGCUCACAGAGGGUGCCCGCCCAGGGGGGCAGGAGAGCCUCCUGACUCUCCCCUGCUGCCGACAAGCUCCUCCCCACCUCCCCCAGCCCCGCCGAGCUCGCUUUCCCUCGGCCUCCUGGAGGAGACUCUCCCGCAAAGUUGGCAGGGUCGGCUUGUCUGCCUCCGGCCCGCCCUCAGCUCUGCUGGGCAGGUCUUUCGUCCCUUGGGGUGCGGAGCGGGGCGCGGGGCGCCGGGACCACCCCAAACGCGUCAAUCUCCGAGGACUCCGGGCACGCCGGUGUUUUAAAAACAACGGGCGGGGAGGUUUCCGGGGCUCGGCCCUACACGGGUCCCGGACGGAGGUUCCCGGCUCGCCGUCCCGGGGCGGGCAGCCGCGAGCGAAGCGGCCCUGGAGCCGUGCUGGCGCGAGCAGGCGGCCCCGCGGCGGCGGCCCGUGGAAUCUGCCGCUCCGGACGCGAGCUAGCUGGCGGCGGAGGCGUGUGGAAAGUGCUGUUGGCGGACCGCGCCGAGCCCCCGGCCGAGGCAUCGACGACGGAGAGAGCCAUAGUGCUGACGUUGGAGGCCCAGCCCUGUGAGGUUGCGCCGGGUAAGUGGCGCUCGGCCGGGGAGGGCCCGCCGAGAGGGCGGGGGAAGGGGCGGGGCGGGCCUGAGGGCGGGGCCCGCGGUCCGGCCCGGCCUGCUGAUUGCUGGACGGCGGCUGCCAAUCUGCGAGAAUCCCCCAGUCAGCCGGUGCCCUGGAGAGAGCCACUCAGAUGUACGGUGUGUGCCCGGAGAGCAGCCCGAGAAGGUCUGGAGACGGUGCAGCAGCCCGCAGCCCCAGCCAGGGAGUCCCCGCCGCUUUCAAUGGAGGAGAAGCCCGGCCAGCCCCAGCCUCAGCCGCCGCCGCCGCCCCAGCACAGUAGCAGCAGCAGCAGCAGCAGCAGUAGCAGCAGCAGCAGCCACAGCCACCACCAGCACCCGCACCAGCAGCAGCCCCAGCAGCAGCAGCAGGCGCCCCCGGCAGCCCCGCUGCCGCCGCACCACCACCACCACCACCAUUAUUACUACUACAACCACAACCACAACCACCACCACCACCACCAGCACCACCAGCAGCCGCACCAGUACCUGCAGCAUGGGCCCGACGGCAGCAGCCCCAAGGCCCAGCCCAAGCCGCUGAGGCAUGAGCCCAAGCACGCCCUCCAGCCGCACCAGGAAGCGCCCAAGAAGAAAACAGGCUAUGGUGAACUAAAUGGUAAUGCUGGAGAAAGAGAAAUAUUAAAGAGCUUGGGCUCUGAUGAAGCCACCAACCCCAUUACGAGGGUACUCAAUGGCAACCAGCAAGCUAUAGACACUAAUCUAAAUCCGAAGCAGACUGUGAAAGCCAGUACCUUUGGGAAAGCAGGAAUUAAAACCAAGAAUUUCAUUCAGAAAAACAGUAUGGACAAAAAGAAUGAGAAAUCUUAUGAAAGUAAGCCCAGAGACAACCAAUCUAUAGACAAGACCGAUACAGUAUCUAUUCCGAAUGGUGUUGUAGCAAAUAAUUCUGGUUAUAUCACUAAUGGCUAUGUAGGCAGAGGGGCAGAUAAUGAUGGCAGUGGUUCUGAGAGCGGCUACACCACUCCUAAGAAACGGAAGGCCAGACGCAACAGUGCCAAGGGCUGCGAGAACCUGAAUUUAGUGCAAGACAAAAUAAUGCAGCAGGAGUCCAACCCCCCAAACUUCAAGCAGGGACUUGACACUUUCAAACCUGAUUAUAGUGAACAAAAGGGAAAUCGAGGGGAUGGCUCUAAACCCAUUUGGAAGUACGAGGCUGGCUCUGGAGGAGCAGGGCGUGGGAAACCCGGCGUUGGGGAUGUGCAGCGGAAAAACGUGGAUGCCAAGCCCAGUGGGAGCAGCAAGAAGUUUGAUGAUAGACCCAAAAUCAAACACACGACAGCUGUUGCCUCCAAAGAGGACUCAUGGACCCUAUUUAAGCCUCCCCCGGUUUUUCCAGUGGACAAUAGCAGUGCUAAAAUUGUUCCUAAAAUAAGUUAUGCUAGCAAAGUUAAAGAGAAUCUCAACAAAGCCGCUCAGAGCCCUUCCGUGUCUCCUUUGUCAUUGUCAUCAUCUUCACCGUCUGCUGGGGAAACUCAGGCCCAAACCUCAAGUCGACUGUCCCAAGUCCCCAUGUCCGCUAUGAAGUCAGUUACUUCGGCCAGCUUUUCUAAUGGCCCUGUUUUGGCCGGAACGGAGGGAAGUCUGUAUUCUCCAGGGAAUCAGCCACUGCUCACCACUGCUGCUAGUACUGUAACCCCCACCCCUUCUGGGACCGAGACCAUACUCCAGGACAUGAGCAUCACUUCUGCAGCCGUUGAACAAAUUAAGCCUAGCCUUUUUAUUUACCCUUCAAAUAUGCAAACUGUGCUUUUGGGUGCAGCACAGGUUGAUCUGCCCUCUCAGACAGAUCAGCAAAACCUGGGGGAUAUCUUCCAGAAUCAGUGGGGUUUGUCAUUUAUAAAUGAGCCUAGUGCUGGUCCCGAGACUGUUAUUGGUAAAUCAACAGAACACAAAGUGAUGGAAGUGACAUUUCAAGGGGAAUAUCCUGCCACUUUGGUUUCACAGGGUGCUGAAAUCAUUCCCUCAGGAACUGAGCAUCCUGUGUUUCCUAAGGCUUAUGAAUUGGAUAAACGGACUAGUCCUCAAGUGCUGGGUGGCAUUCUAAGGCCUGGGACUGCCAUUGAGGCUGGAGCCUUAACCUUGGAGCCCAGUCUCACAGGUGACCUGCAAAAGGCAGACAUCAGUAGUCAAGGUGCUCUAGUGUUUCUCUCAAAGGACUACGAGAUAGAAAAUCCUCUGGCCUCUCCUACGAACACUUUGUUAGCCUCCGCCAAAGAACAGAGGUACCAGAGAGGCCUAGAAAGGAAAGAUAGCUGGGGUUCUUUUGACCUGAGGGCUGCUAUUGUAUAUCACACUAAAGAAAUGGAAUCUAUUUGGAAUUUGCAGAAGCAAGAUCCCCAAAGGAUAAUCACUUAUGAUGAAGCCAUGGAUAGUCCAGAUCAAUGAAGGCGGCAGGACAGACAGACAGACAGCUGCCUGUUUGUCAGCUUUCUGCAGCAUCAGAGCCACUCAAGGGGGACACGAGGCUUUGAUGCUCCUUCUAGAUCUUCAGUGCAGCAGAGGAACCAUAAGUAGAAUCACAGGAUAAUAUAUAAAAAUAUAUAUAUAGUUAUUUAAAAAAAAAAAAAAGAGGCAACUGAAAGUAAUUAGACUUCUUAAGGAAUCAGAAAAUUUAUUUCAAGAGACUACACAUGGUUAUUUAAUCUCCGGUACUGAGUAGAUUUUUUUUUCUUUUUGUUAGUUUUUGUUUUGUUUUAAAGAGUGAAUGCAAGUGAUUAAUGAAUACAGACUCAAUACACAAGCGUGGUUCCAAAGUUCCUGCUGUCAUCAACAUGGGCAACCAGUGACCCACUGGAGAGGCAAUUCCACUUUUAAAGGUUUCGGUUUCUUGUUCUGUGACUAGUGAUAUACUAAUCACAGGGAACCCAGAAUGAUUCAACAUUUCUCCCCACUCCUUCAGUCUUUUUAUUUUACUUUGAACCCUACGAGAAUGCUGGAUAGAAACGCCUUGAAGUUUGCAGGGUUGCCUUUUCCAGAAAAUGGUUUGCAUGUUUUGCCCGGAGUAAAACAGCCUGUGGGGUGCUGGGGAAAUUGUCAUCUUGGGGGGUGGGAGGGGAUGGAAACCCAACAAGUCUGGAAUAAGAGGUGGUGCACAGUUGACUUGGCUUCGGUGACACAUUGGACUUUUACAACGAAGAAUUCCUAGGAGUGUCAUUUUAAGACAGGUUGCAGGACAAGUGAUUGGUUUAGUCAUUUAACAUACAAAAAGACUGUUUCCACCUUCUUAUCCAACUGUAAGUAGGAGCAAAAGUAUACCCUGCUUUUCAACUGUAGGUGCUCCAGACUUGCUCUGUCUAACACUAAAUGUGCUGGGGGUUUUCCUUGUUUUUCAUCAAAAAUCUUAAGAAAAAAACAUGUUUAUAUGUUCCUUUUCUGCAAACUCCUUAACCCCUUAACUUUUUUUUCUUAAGUUAUUUUAAAAAAGAAAAGAAAAAGGGAAAAAAAGCCCACGAGAACUAAAAUGUUUCCAUAUUUGUUUCUAGCCAGUGCAGAAGAAAUAAACCUUGCCCCUGGAAAGUAGCCUUUUCUAUUUUCCUGCAAUCUGUACUUCUGAGCUAUUGCUUCUAAUUAUCUCUUUAUUAAAUAUAUUUUAUUACUAGAGCAAAACUUUUUUUAAAGGCAUGGAAUGUGAAACUCUGGGAAGACCUUUAUGGCAGAGAGAGCGGAAGCCCUGGCUCCCCAUCACAGCCAUCCUGCACACAGCAGCCUGUGUGUAACUCACUCAAACGGUUUUCGCUUUUUUUGUUUUGUUUUUUGCCUAGGUUGGGGGAGGGGGGUUUUUGCAAAAUCAAGGGUCCAAUAUAAGAUCAGCCAGAUGUUAGUAGCAAAAUCAAUUCUCUGGCCUGUUUCACCAACACAAGUACUAGAAUUUUUUUUUUAAAGCACCCACACUUAAAAUACAGGUUCAGUAGCUGGGCAUUUAGGUGGAAAGGUAUCUUCUAAUAUGAUUAGAUUGGAUCCUAUGGGGCAUUAGGGGAUAAAGUAACUUGUCUUGCUGAACCCCUUCUGUUUAGUUGUGUCCAGUGUUUUGAAAUUCUAGCAUUGAUGGGUUGUCUGGUUUUGUUAAUUAUUUAAGGCUUUUAUUAAGGUAGUUCCUGAAAGAAGCUGUUGGAUUCAACAUAGGAUAGAGAAACUAAAUAUCUUUAAAAGUCUGCUGGUUUCUGCCCUGCUUAGAUUUUAAAAGUAUAAGCAUGGAUUGCCAACUCCAUUUUAUGUAAACAAGCUUUUUAUACAUAAUAUAUAUAUAUUAAAAAAAAUAACUUAUUGUAUCAGUCCAGGUUCAGAAACUUGUGGUUGGCCAGUUCCAGAAUAGUUUCAUUUCACCUGUAAACUGUCUCACCUUUACAAAUGUUGUAAUUUUCAAAUGUAUAAUAUGUUUACAGAUGUGCCCUGCAUCUAGUCUGCCUGUGUUCCUAUUUUAAUUCUGUUGAGUCUCCUGCCUGCUUGCCAAAAGCUAGGAUGCUUUGGGCUCUUGUACAAUUCUGAGCAGAGGCAUCCUUGAGCUUUAAAGCAUUGAACAAACUGGAAAAUGCAGCAUAAUACUGAGGUGGAAGAAGUCUGUGUUUGUGUUUUUUUUUUUUUUAAAUAAAAAUUUUUAAAAGUUAAAAAAAAAAGUCAAAACAUUUAAGAUUGCUUAAAAAAAAAAAAAAAAAGGAUCCAGUUUGUUUUACUGGUUUUAAAGUUCUGCUGUGUGUUUAAUUGCCUUGUGUAACCACUUGCCGCCUUAGGGCCAGAUUCCAUUUUUUUCCUUCUCCCAAAUGUGUUUUUCUCACUUUCAGUUUUAAAUUCUUCUGGCCCAUGAUGUCCCAUCCUCAUCCUCAUCCUCAUCCACAUCCCCAUCCCCAUCCCCAUCCCAGCAGCUUUUCUGGAUUUAGUGAGGUUCAGAAGUUGAAUGAAAAUUUUCUCUAUACAUAUUUUUGUUUAAGAAACAUAAUUACCCAACCAAAUUUAAAUCUGACCUUCCAUAUGUAGAACAAAACUUAAUGAGUAUUGAGGAAACACUACUUAGCCUGAGGAUUUUAAAAUAAAUUGUCAAAAGACAAUAAGCAAACUAUGUUGGCCCCUGUCUUCUUGUUUCCUCCCUGUCUCUCUAAUCCCCCCCUUCCUGUCCCUCACCUAAAGGGAAGGGGCAAGGAACAAGGAGAAUUCUGUCUGCCCUUCCCUCCUCUGCACAGGUAGUAGAGAGUUGUACUUCUGGACCUAACAUUUCCCUUUUUUUUUCCUCCAUUGAAGUUUAGCUGGAUUGUAUGGUUAGAUUUCCAUAGUUAGAAAAGUUUUGUCUUUCUGGAAACCUUAGUGCCCCUACCACAAUAAGUCAGUAUUUCUGGGCAUUGGGUUAAUGGACAUUUUUGCUGAGGGACAAGCAGGACAUUAGAAUAAACCUCUUUUGUGCUGGUUUUGUAACACUUAACUCUAUUUGUCUGAAAAGUUUCUUAGGUCCUUACACAAUUCCUUCCAGAGCACUUAUUAAAAAAAAUCUUAAGAGUUAAUCUGUUUUCUGAUUAUUUUGUGUAAACUUUAAAAACUCAGCUGUGAUUAAUUUAGCACAUUUAAAUAAUGAUAAUGUGUUACUGUUGGGUAUAAUGAAUUUUCCUUCUACUCAGAGUAUUAGUACUGUAGCAUAAAACCAAAUACAGUUUGAGGGAUUACAUAAUCCCUACAUUCUAAAGACUGAAAAUAGUGUGUCUGUGUGCGUGUGUGUGUCCUGCAUGUGAGGAGAAGGAGGGAAAUGACAGGAAGACUUGGGAGUAAAAGAAUGUGUGUAAAGUAUUAGUAUUCAGAGAACAAACUUGUAUUUAUUUUGUGCCAUUUGUUUUCAUUAUACAGAGUUAAGUCAGGUGGUUUUAAUCUUUUUAAAAAUAAGGUAGUAUUUGAAAUAUGGCACUAAGAAUGAGCUCAUGACCUAUUUUUUUAAUAGCUAUGAAGAUACUAAUUAAGGGUGAAGAAUUCUUUAAAAAUCUGUCUUGCUCGUAGGCCCCUAUGUCACAUACCACUUUGCUGUAAGUGUCUUGAGUAAAUUCCUUUUCCCCCAUCCCCCUUAAAGACAGGGUGUAUUUAUCUUUGUCUGCUUCCUCUCCCACCCAGCCCUGCUGAAGUUAAUCACAUAGAUAGAGCCUCGCUUUCCGCCUUUCCUAGUGACAGGUUUCAUAGGAGGGAUAUUGGGAUGUUUGGUAAUGGCAGUUUGCUCUUUAUUUUCUGGGAAGGAAUGCCAGACAAAGCAACCAACUUGUGGAUAUUGUCUUUCUGUGAAAUAGACGGCCUAAAAGCUGUUGUGUUUUCUCUGUUCUGUUUUAUCGCUUUGGGGCUUAGCUAGUCACUGCUCACUGAGAAUCUGCAAAAACUUAAUCUUUAUAAGAGCUGCCAUUUAAAACUUUUUUUUUUUUUUUUUGCAUGGAAUGACAGACACAACUAACUUCGAUGAAGUUCCAGGGGGAAACAUUCCCACACACAGCCAAGUCAGGCUCAUGGUUCAGCUGUAGUAGCUGCUAUUAUGCCACACUAAAUCAUCCAGUAGCUUCUCUCGGUUCUAGUGAAAUUAUAACAAUAUUAUGCACUGAAUGGCCCCUGGAGAGGGAUCUGGACUGAUUGGCCACAGCUGUACAUGGGGGGUGGGUGGUCAUCUUGUUCCUUAGCCCCUCCAAACCUCAUGCUCCUCUCCCCAGAGGAGAGCCAGCUUCUACAAAGAAUCUGACUUGACCACUGGUCCACUCCCUCAGAGGACACACGCUCAGACCUUCGCUGUAAAACAGCUGUGGAAGAGAGCGUGGAAGCCUUUAUUUUCAUAUGCAUGACAAAGUUGUCACACAGAUGCUUGUUGCAGGGCAAUGUGUUUGGCCAAUAUUGGAGGUUGCGGGCAGAGAUCACAGUUAUCUUUUCAGGUCAGGCUGAGAAGGCCGCUCCAGUAGGGACAUAGAUCUCUCAUCUUGUCCUUAACUUGGUUUGCCAAGGAUUUUCCAUUUAAUGUGGGGAAUGCUGUUGUACAUCUUGGUGUUUUACGAACUCUCUAAAAGGGAAAAAUAGGAAGCAAAGCUAGAAGCAGAAGGGCUUCUCUUAGAAUUUGCACAGGCAAACCAAUCAAGCCUAAUGCUUGAUGCCAAGAUUAUGAAUCCAGUGAGUGAAGCCCCAGGAUUGUUUUCAGUUGUGAAAAGGCAUUUCCAGGCCCUGUUCAUAAAUAGAUUAGCCUGUGCAAAUUGUGAGAACCAUGAACUAAGACUGAAGAGAGAAUGAACAAAAUGAGUGAUUUUGCUCUUGUACUACAUUUAACUGAGCUUUGUAAUUAGAGAUUGCACCACAAUUUCAUCAUACUACAGGUGGCUUGUUUGCAGUCUUAAUGUCCUUAACUGGUAUAACAGCUGAAUUCCAGAGCGGUAUAGAUAGUUCUGUGGGGUAUGUGUACUUGCAAACUGCUGGUAGUGGAGCAGUUCCUUCUGAAUUCCUAGGAGCAUAUGGCUAAUAGGUGCUGGAAAUCCUUGUGGAAAAUCAGUCCCUGAGUAUUCUGGGAUUGGUGGAUAUAUAUUUCCUCUUUUACACUUCAUCCUAAAGCUUUGUUUAUGUUCAGAGUUCUAAAGCCAUUUUGUAACAUCAUAGUAUGUAUCCCUUUUUUACAGCCUUAUUAACAAUAGAAACAAACAAAAAUAAGUCCCAUUUGCAUUUCUCUAGUGUGAAAAUUGUAUAGGGCAAACAUACCAAUCUUAAACUGAUGUCACAUUUGCUGUUUGCCACCGAAACUGUUGGCUUUCCAUUACAGUCUUUCCUCAGGUGCUAAAUAAGUGUUCCAAAAGUGGAUACUGCUUUUAGGAAUUUCCGCUUUAUUCUUAUGUCUUUUAUUUUGUUUUUUGCUAGGUGUUGUAAAGAUUAAGUAUUUUAACAAGUGGUUUAUUUUGAUGUGUAAAUAAGAAUUAUGCCUCUUUAAUUUGACCCUCUGUGAAAAGUCUAAGUUUGUUGUUUAUUCUUUAUUGAGGAACCUCUCUUGACCUUGAAGACAUUUCAUUGUGUUGCUGCAUUUAAGAAUGGACUUACAACUGUGUUCAUGUUGUCUUGGGUUAAAGCUCCUGCUGCUGCUAUGAGUAACUGAAAAUCAAGAAUGUGAUGCACUUUUUCCAUGAACAAUACGCCAUGAUUCUUUCGAGGUUGCUUAGGCCCCUUAUCUGCAGCACAGCCACUAACUCUUAAGAGCGAAUAGAAGACUAUUGGAGAGGAGAGGAAAGGGGGAACACAUCAGUGGAGGUAGCUUACCAUGAUACCCGUGAUAGAAAAUAAACUGGGCAACAAAAGCAGUAUGAGCCUGUUACUGUAAAGCUUUUUGGCCUUAAAAAAUAUUCCCAUCCCAUUAUCAAAAAUUAAUCCCUUUUGUUUACCCACAUAGCUUUGCCCUGGUUCUUCCUCCUGUGUCAGGAGAGGGAGGCAGAAGAAGGGGAAAAAGAUUGCUUAAGGUCAAAAAAGAAUGUGACUUCCUGGAAAAGAACCUUGAACUCUGUCACCCUGGGGGAUGACUUUCCUUAAUGUGAUGAAUAUAUAGAUUGAAAGUUGUUGUUUAAGCUGCUGUUAGACAAUUAGACUUUAAUAUCCUCAUGGUCUAUAUUUACAAGAACUUGUCCCUUUUUUGAAGGGGGUAGAUUCAGAUCACCUGGUGAACUUGUAAUUGCGGUAGUCUGGGGGGGGGGGAGAGGACAGGGCAGAUGCUCUGCAAAGACAGUUCCCCUAAUAUUGCAUUAUUCCAUAAUGAGUUUGCAAAAAAGGUAGUGAGUGAGCACAGGUAAAUUCUUUGAAAAGUAAAUGGAGACCAUAGGGAGACUCAUUCCUAUACCAGACAACAUUGGCCCAUGAAGGGGUACUGGUAACGCCUGCUUGGGAAGCAUUUUUGUUGGUUGAGAGUCCCGGCGGACUGUUCCACUAAAUCUGUUGACUUGGACCAAAGGUAAACCCAGGUAUAAACAGAUUAAGUGGGACUUGGCAAGAGGGAAGAGACAUUAUUAAGCGUGUAAGGGAUCUUAAAGGAAAUUGUUAUACAGGGAAGAAAACACCAAAUAGGGUAAGAAAUCACUUCCUUUAUCCCGUGAAUGUGGGGACGAGAGGAACGUGUAACCUAGCCUUACCUAGUCAGAUUUUUUGAAAACAAUUUAAAUUUUGCCCAUGGUAUGUAAAUACUACAGAGACAAAAAUCUGCCUGCUUAUUCAGUACAUUUUCUUUAGCCAGAGUUUUAUAUUUUUAUAUCAAUGUGCCUUGCAUGUGUAUUUUUUUAAGGAAAAAUUAGAUCUUUUAGUAGUUUCUGAGGUCCACGUUCUUGCCAUUUCACGCCGAAUGAUGAGCUCACCCUUUGAUCUCUGUGGUUAUUGGUCCUGUCACAAACUGGAACUGCUUUAGAACUGGGGCAAUUUAUAUUUUACUCUUAAUGUGUUAGUGGCUGUUCUGUAGGUUGUGAGGAGAGUCCCCAGAGUUCUCUCUUCUGGUCCUUCCUCUUCCUGCUACCUGCUGGCUUUUAGCACCUUCCUCGAGUCAUGUAAAGGCAUUUCUUGUGUUUCUUUUCAAUGUUCUCCCUGCCCCUUUAACGGAGGGGGUUCUAAAAUGCUUUGUUUGCAAAACCCUGGGAGGGAUGGAGCCAACUUUGCUCUGGAAUUCUGUGGGAGCUGCACUAUCAGCUCUCUUCAAUUUAAAAGUUUUUGUUAAAAUACAGCACCUUGCUUAUCAUUAAAUAAAACAAAAAUAAAGAAAAAUGCUUGUCUGCAACCAUUGUCUGGAAAUAAUGAACUGUGCAAUUCUCGUCUGUUCCUUUUCCCAUCACGUCUCCAGACUUGCUCUCCCUAGUGUGACUUGUUAGCCUCUGUACUUGUGCCAGUGUGAAUGUGAACGCUUUGCUCGCAUUACUUCUAAGAAAUGCAUUUUGCACACUCGGGUUUUGCUGAAGCUCCAUGACAAGGUUAGUUCUAAGCAGAUGAAUAAAGCUAUGCACACGUUUUUUGGAAGUUUUGUGUCUCAUUACCAGAAGUUGGUAUCAUCUGUCCCUGUUAUUUUCCUGGGCUGCUCUUUAGUUAUGCUGUCUCUGAGAGAGACUAUCAUUUUAAGACCACAGUUCUGGUCUAGCUUGAAACUACAGAAAAGGGAAGAAAGCACUUCUAGUAGCAGACACAGUUUGGAAAGGAGAGCUUGGCUUAGAGCAAAUGUCAUCCUCUUGGGGAGAUUUUAAUAAUUUUUCCCAUCCCUGUGCUAUUGCUUCCUUUAGUAAGAAAGAAUGACACCACUAUUUUCUUAGAUCAAAGGAAGGGGAGGUGGAGUAAACUGAAAUGAAGGCCGGUUCACAGAAGCUUUGGCCAAUUUAAUGUCUUAAGUGUAAGUGGGUUUAAAAGUAGGAUUGAGUUAUUUUCACACUUCUAACAUAGUUUUGGCCAAGCGUACAAAUAGAGGAAGUGGACUUUGAGAUUAGUUUAGCUGCUACACUCACCCAAAUUGGUCUUUGGGUGUUUGCAGAGGAAGCACAAAACCGUCGAGGGAAGUUUGUCCCCUGACAAUUACCCUUGUUACUUAGUGUAGGAAUAUGGGGCCAGUUAAGUUGCUGCAAUUUGCAUGCACUAAAUAGCUUUACUUUUUGUUGUGUUUUUGCUUUAAAAAAUAUGUAUAAAUGUCCUAAACUGGUUUAGUUAAACCAUUCUUUAAAGAUUUCUCUUUUGGGGGGUGAGGGGGUGGGUAUAAUUAGCUUAGGGCCUUUUGUUUAGGAAAGGCUAACCAUUAUGGUAAAGAGAUCACUUAACAGUUUUUCCUUCUAUGCUCUUAGAUCCAGCCGAAAUCCUUAGCUAAUGUUACAGCUUUUCCAGUGUACAGAAGAGGGCUAUUUUUCAGUCAUCACACGUGUGCUUAUGCACCUUCUGUGGUUUUGGAACCCACCUGGAGGUCCUUAAUGUGUGUUGACUUUAAAAAACACAGGCAGACACAUCCCUCUCCCCCCUCUUUUCUGUAUUGUCAGUAUUCAUGGCAGUCGAGCUAGCCUAUUAUCUACAAACUCGGGUCCACUCGUUUGCAUGGCCUCAAAGGCAGAAGUGCCCUCGAGUGGACAGAGCCUAUUCUAAAGCAUCAGUAGUUUUCAUUUGUGUCCAGUUGCAGUAGAACUUGGGGGGCGGGGGGAGAGUUGUCAUGACAGCUUAUUUAGGGGCCGAAUUCUCUCUUAGUUUGAGGGAAGGGCGGGAUACCAUGGGGUAAAUACUAAGAUUUUUCCUUCUCCCUUCUCCUGCCUCCUGAGUAAUUUCAUAAAGGGUUCGAAAGUGUUACCCAGUCAAAAAGCCAGGCAUUUUCCAAAUUUACAAGCAGUGGCCAGAGAUGAACCUAUUAGCUAAUUGCUUAGGUAUUUGCUGUAGUUGUAUCUGACAUCAUAGACCCCAAGGAGGCUCUGUGUCAGUUCCAUGACAUAAUCUCUCUUUGUUGAUGUCUUCACAUCCAGUGUUUUAAAAAAGAAAAAAAGCUGCGUGAAUUUCAUUUACUCUGCUGACCCAACAACAGCUCUGCAACCGUACCUAGAUUUACUUAUUUUAUCGGGAAAAAAACAAAAACAAAACCCAGAAAAUUUGUAGAUCAAAGUAAUGUAAAUUGUUGAAUAAAAGUUUUAAAGUUUA